AUGUCCGUGGAUGAGAGUCGCAGCUCGACCCCAUUGGUUUCCACUAGCGAAUCAUCUUCACCAGCGGCGUCAUCCUCACUACCCGACAGUCAAGGAGCCUAUUUUAAUGGAUAUCAAAGCAGUGUUGGCGAGAAUGCUAGGGUGGAAAGUCCAUCGCAUGUUGUUAGUUUGCCGAACAACAUUUAUAUGCAUCGUAUACAAUCCGCUUCUCCUGCAGACGACCAUCAAUUCAUUAGAAGACCUCUGAACGCUUAUAUGAUAUUCACGAAACAAGAACGAAAGAAGUUGCUGGCUUUGAAUCCAAAUAUGAAAAUGCAUGAAGCAAGCAGAAUUAUGGGCGAAAAGUGGAAAAACAUGAGUGAAAAGGAAAAACGGCAAUAUUUUGAAGCAUCCAAACAGAAUCGAUUUUACAUUCGGGCAUUAGAGGAAUAG